AUGUUGGAAAGCGUCGUUGCAAACCUGCUCAACAGGUUUAUGGGCAUGUACGUUAAGAACUUUGAUGCCAAACAACUCAAUAUAGGAAUCUGGUCGGGAGACGCUAAGCUUCAUAACCUCGAAUUGCGCCGCGAGGCCCUGGAUCAACUCCACCUUCCUCUCAACGUCGUCGAAGGCCAUAUUGGCCAGCUAACGCUGUCUAUCCCAUGGUCGAAUCUGCGCGGAAAACCGGUCAAAAUCGAAAUUGAAGAGGUAUUCCUCCUGGCAGCCCCGAAGGUAGAGACCGAUUACGACCCAGAGGAGGAUGAGAGGAGGGAUCACAAUAUCAAGAUGGAGAAACUCGAAAGUGCAGAAAUCCUGCGUGAAAGAAACGCGGAAGGUAUGACCCAAGAGGAGCAGAGGCGAAACCAGAGUUUCACGGAAAGCUUCACCACCGCCAUUGUGGACAAUCUGCAAAUAUCUAUCAAGAAUGUUCAUUUUCGAUAUGAGGACUCUGUCGCCUCUCCCGGCCAUCCCUUCGCUGUCGGUAUGACACUCAAAGAAUUAAGUGCUGUGAGCACGGACUCGGAUUGGCGCCCUACGUUUAUUCAAUCCACCUCAGGCACGACCCAUAAAUUAGCAGUUCUAGGAGCUCUGGCUGUUUAUUGGAAUACUGAUACCGAGUUAUUGGGAACUGGAAGCGGCGCGGACUAUGGUGCAGAAGCCCAAGGCAUACCUCAUGAAGAGCUCAUGACGAGGCUCAGAGAAGGUAUCGAAUUGGACGAGAACAAUCAAUACAUUCUACGACCUGUGAGUGGACGUGCAGGGCUUGAGAUGGACAAAACAGGGAAGCUUGAUAGGCCUAGAAUGAAAGCGCGUCUCUUAUUCAACGAGUUGGGAUUCGUUCUAGAUAGCGACCAAUAUCGAAAUACACUGAUGCUGGUGGAUUUAUUCCAUUACUUCAUCCGCCAUCAGGAGUACAAGAAGCUGCAGCCGUCAACGAGCCCCAAGGAGGACCCGCGAGCUUGGUUCCGCUUUGCUGGAAAUGCUGUCCUGUCGAAGAUUCACGACAGAAACAAAGUCUGGACGUGGGCAUACAUCAAGGAACGAAGGGAUGAUCGACUAGCUUACAUCGACCUGUUCAAGAAAAAGAAAAGGGAAGAGACACUUUCGGCGGAGCAGUCCACAGAAAUAGAUCAAUUAGAAAGAAAAUAUACAUACGAAGAUCUUCGCUUCUGGCGCUCUUUGGCACGGAAUCAGCUACGAAAGGAAAACGUUGGCGUUCGAAAACCUGCGAAAGCGCAAUCAUGGACUCAAUGGAUGUGGGGAACGAAGACGCAGCAGGACGAGACAGAAACGAUGACAGAAGAGCAACGCCAAGAGCUUUACAACGCAAUUGACUGGGAUGAGAAGAAAGCACUGGCUGAGAGUGUGGAACUUCCUAGAGAGUCAAUCAAGUUGCAGGUCAAUUCAAGUCUCCGUGCUGGCAGCUUAACCCUAAAACAUGAUCCGCAUGGUGCGGCAACCGAGGUGAUGAAACUCGUGUUCGACAACUUUAGGGCAAAGGCUUUGCAGCGUCCUGAUUCUUUUCUUGUUGACCUAGACCUGGGUGGCUUAAGAGUGUACGAUGGAACUACCGAAGGUAGCGUUUUCCCACAGAUCGUUCGAGUCAAAGACUCGAAAUACCAGGAAGGGCAUCCAUCUUCAGAAGAGCCACGAAUAUUGCAAAAUGAAGAUGAAGAAGAGUUGGUGCAGAGAGACAGCUUGUUCCAUCUCCAAGUCGAACAGAAUCCCCUUGAAAGUGAUGCAGAUACUGCCGUCAAGGUGAAACUAAAAAGUAUCGAGGUCAUCUACAAUCCUAAAUUCAUCGUCGAAGUGGCACGUUUCUUCAAGCCGCCCGAACGACAUAUGGAAUCGAUAGGUGCAAUUCUCGAUUCUGCAGGAGCCACUGUUCAAGAGAUCAGGCAACAAACUCGAGCCGGUCUGGAAUAUGCGCUUGAAGAACAUAGAAAAGUAGACACCCAGUUUGAUCUGCAAGCUCCGCUGAUAAUCAUUCCUGAGAGCAUAGUAGAAGAGAGCUCUCUCUGUUUGAUUCUCGACGCCGGUCAUAUUAGAGUCAGCAGCGAGCUCGUCGACCGGGACACAAUGGCAGAUCUGCAAUCGAAACAGAAGAAGCAAUACAGCGAAGACGACUACAGACAUCUUGAAGAGCUUCUCUAUGACAAGUUCUUGGUCAAGCUCGAUUCCAUCCAAAUGCUCAUCGGCCCAGGUAUUGAAGCUACAAAGUUGCAGCUCACUUCGGAUGACCCAUUGAAAGAUCUUCAUAUUGUUGAUCGUAUCAAUGUCGAUUUUGUUCUCGAACUCUGCAUUGUUCCCAAUUCUACCGGUUUGACCAAGACGCGUAUUUCCGGCCAUUUACCAGAGUUGCAUGCCUCGAUAUCCGAUAAGAAGUACAAAAAUUUAAUGAAGCUCAUUGACAUAGCCAUCCCACGUUUCGAAGAAACCGAUGAAGGAUCCCCUGCCAGACCGCAAGCAAAUACCGAUGGAAGUGGCGAGCAAGAUGAUAAAAGCAGAACAAGAUCAGCUUCUUUCCAGCCGUCAAUAAUAAGAGAAAUUCCCAUCCUCGAUGAAGAGUCUGACGCAGAAGAUUCAGGCAAACACGAGAUUGCGAAGAAAGAGAAGCAGCCAGUUGCCUUGCAUCAACGGAUGUUUGAAUUUAAAUUCACAGUGGGAAAGCUCCGUGGUUCUCUUUUCAGGGCCGAUCAAAAGGAAUUAAAGCCAGAUCAGUUACUUGCCGAGCUUGUAGCUGAAGGGUUUCAAUUGGAUUACUAUCUUCGACCAUUUGAUAUGGUUGCUGAAGUGACCUUGAAAUCUCUCAGCGUAGAUGACCACAUAGAAGAGAAUCCGACACCUGAGUUUAAACAAAUUGUUUCAUCCAAAGGCUUCAACGCCGAUGAAGAGAAAGAUUUGUUUAAUCUCAAUUUUAUCCGAGUCCGGCCUGAUUCUCCCGAAUAUCAUUCAACAUACGAGGGUGUUGACAUGAAUCUUGAUGUUACGGUGUCGACAAUCAAUAUCAUAGUCACGAGAAAAACGCUUCUGACACUAUUAGAUUUCGUGCUGAUUACCUUCACCAAUCCCGACCAGCCAGCGGCCCCCAAUCAAUCAACAGACAGCGCUAUUGUCAAUGUAUCACAAGGACAAGAAGAGCCACAAGAAAUUCGCAAGAUCAGAAUCAAAUCGCAGCUUAAAAGCAUUGCGCUGAUUUUGAAUAACGAUGGCGUGAGGCUUGCAACCUUGAGUCUAAACACUGCAGACGUUGGCCUGUUCUUGGUUGGUCGGACUAUGCAGAUACAGUCUCGGAUUGGAAGUCUGACCCUGGUAGACGACGUGAAUGUUGGCGCGUCAGAGGAAUCGCCUCUCAGAAGACUCCUGACCAUCGAGGGCGAAGAUUUCGCUGAUUUCAGGUAUCAGACCUUUGACCAAGAUUCAUUAGAAUAUCCUGGCUAUGACUCGGAAGUGUUCUUGCGCUCCGGGUCGAUCAAGAUCCAAUUCCUAGAGGAGCCAUAUCGAAAGAUUAUGAACUUUUUAGUGAAAUUCGGAAAAAUGCAGGCUAUAUUUAAUGCAGCUCGGCAAGCAGCAGCAAACCAGGCAAAUACACUACAAGAGAAUGCAUCACGUAUGCGAUUCGAUAUUGUCGUACGGACGCCCAUAGUUGUCUUCCCUAGGGCCAUGUCAGAAAAUAGGAAACGGGAUACUAUAACCGCAGAACUGGGAGAAAUCUACGCGAACAAUACUUUCGUUCCCCUAGAUGAUCAAAAGGAUAGCCCAGCUGUCAACGUGAUUACCACCGGUAUUCGCAAUAUCCGCCUCAGCUCUGAUUUGUUCUUUGAGGAUGAAUCGCAUGAACAAUUGGAGAUGAUCCAGAAGGUCAAUCUUGAUUUUAGUAUCUGUUAUCUUGAACAUCAACCAAAUCAGCCGCGUCCGGAUAUUGAGGUGGAAGGAACGAUGUCUCCAAUCAAGUUGCGCAUUUCACAACCGCAACUUAAGUUCUUGCUAGAAAUUACAAAGACAGUGCCUGGGGUACUUACACCAGACGUUGAUCAACAGGAACUUGAAGCAAUGCAGUCUCUUCCAACAAUCCAAGCACAGCCGCAGCAGCAAGAUUUCGAAGCUCAGCAAGUGAAACCCCCGUCCGAUCAAGAUCCCCAAAAGGAUGCAGAAAAGGAAACUUGGGUCAAACUUGAUAUGAUAUUCAAGGUUGAAAGUGUCGGUCUGGAGCUGCUCCUAGCGAAGGAGAACAAACCUAUCGGCCAUGUGGAGGAUUCCAGUUUGUCCAGGUUUUCACUGAACAACACCAGAGUGAAAUUACGCAUGUUGAGCGACGGCGCCUUAGAAUCGGAGCUUCUAAUUCACUCCUUUUCUAUUAGGGACAGCCGCUCUCAAGAGACAAACAAAUUCAGGAAAAUAAUGUCUCUCAUUAACAACGACGUUCAACAACAGUUCAUGGCUAAUAUCUCGAUGUCACCGGGACCUAAGAAGCACGUCAUAGCUAUGGUUACCAUUGACAGUCCUCGCAUUAUACUCGCACUUGACUAUUUGAUGGCUCUACAGUCAUUCGCGAGUGAGGCUUUUGCACAAGACCAGCCACUAGAAUUAGAAGAAGUUGACGAAACACCCGAAGAGUCUGACACUGCGUCUAAUGUCACAGCCGGUGGCUACAAAUCCCCCGGUAGUGAACAGAAACCAAGUUCUUCAGAGGAAGGGCAAAUGACUUUCUCCUUGAGAGCUGACAUCGUUGAUGCUCAAGUCAUCAUGAUCGCCAACCCGGCAAUCGUGCAUACUGAGGCCAUCGUUCUGGGGACAAAGCAGCUGAUAUUUUCCCAUCAAAAUGUCGAUACACUUCAGAUUAACAAAGUAGGCAUGUUCCUCUGCCGAAUGGACAAGUUUGAAACUAGUCGCCUGCGGAUUUUGGACGACUUCACCCUGGAGCUAUCUGUGGAUAGCCGUGCACAAGCCCGAGGAUCGGCUCUCACUAGCAUUGAUGUACAUGUCGAGCCCCUUGUUCUACGGUUAUCAUUGCGCGAUAUAUUGCUUGCUACUCAGAUCAUGAAUAAGGUGUCUGAAAUGAGAACAAAGCCUGCGCCUGCUGUCAUAGAAGGUGAUGAGCCGCAAAGAAUAAAGGAGAUAAAGGGCACUGAGAAGAAAUCAAAGAAACGCUCCACCAUAGGGGGAAGGCAUGCUCCAGUAGUAACAAGUUCAAAGCCAAAGACCAAUUUGAUCCCGGAACAGAGGCUCGCACCACAGCAAUCAGCUGUAAUAAGAAGGGAGGAGCUUGGUGCUCAGAUUGAUGGAAUUAGAGUUAUUCUCAUUGGAGAUCUGCAUGAACUCCCAUUGCUUGAUUGGAGCGUCAAAAAAUUCAAUGUCGAGGUCAAAGAUUGGUCCUCGACUCUGAACGCAGAUACCUCGUUUGACACUUUCAUCAAUGUCUAUAAUUUCUCAAAGUCGGCUUGGGAACCUCUCAUUGAACCCUGGCAACUGGGAUUUCACAUGUCCAAGGAAAUAAACCCGGAUGUUCUAUCAAUUGAGGCUUAUUCUCAUAAGAACAUGGACCUUACCCUCACUUCUGCAACCAUUGCACUUGCCUCGAAGUCGUUCCAGUUCCUGAACACUGAUGAAGACGUGUUGUCCAAGCCUAGAGGUGCUGAUGCGCCAUACAGGAUUCGUAACUAUACUGGGUUUGACCUUCGAGUGUGGGCAGAUGUCGAAGCUGAAGAGAAUGCGCCGGCUGCUAAACUUAGUGACGGCGAAGAAUACCCCUGGCGCUUUGAGGAUGCAACUACCAUGCGUGAGAAUCUUACACCUGAAGGUAAUGCGGGCCUAGUAGGUAUUAAAUUGGAGGGCAGUGGCUUUGAUAGCAUCAACCACAUACCAGUCAUCAGGGAAGGGGAGACAUUGUACAAUCUGAAACCCAAAAAAGACAAGAUCUUGCACAGAAUGCUUGUGGAGGUCAAACUGGGCUCGGACAAUGUUAAGUAUAUCACUUUCCGUUCUCCGCUGGUCCUGGAAAACAACACUCAAAUACCCGUCGAAAUGGGCGUCUUUAGCCCUGAAGAUGGUCAUUUGCUUAAAAUUGAAAAAAUCUUGCCUGGCGAUGCUCGACCGGCACCAGUUGGCUCAGCAUAUCUACAUCAACUCGUUGUUCGCCCUGACCAAGGCUUCGGUUACGACUGGUCAAAUGAACCGAUAUAUUGGAAAGAUCUGCUACGCCGACCAACAAGAACAAUUAAAUGUGUCAGUGAAAGUGGACAACAGGCCCCGCCGUUCUAUUUCCAAUUCAACGCUUCUUAUGACAAACGGGACCCUGUUAUCAACCACUACCCUAACAUGAAGCUUCGCAUUUCAGCUCCCGUUGAGAUUCAGAACUUGCUACCGUACGACUUCAAAUAUCGCAUCUAUGACAAGAAUACCCGCAAAGAUUGGACCAACUUUUUGCGAAGGGGUGGAGUUAGUCCAGUGCAUGUAGUGGAGCUGUCUCACUUGCUUCUCCUUAGCAUCGACUUGCAGGACUCGGUAUACAGACAAAGCGAGUUUGCAAUAAUCAAUGGCAACACCCAAGACUUCCGGCGAGAAGAUUUCCUGGCACUCAAGGACGAAAAUGGUGUAGAGCUAAGGCUCAAAUUGCAUUACUUUAACGUGCCAGACAGCGGGGGAGCCUUCAAAGUCAGCGUGUACAGCCCGUAUCUUAUACUCAACAAAACCGGGCUAAGCAUGGAAGUCCAAAGCAAAGGAUUUAUGCAAUCCGCAAAAUCGUCGGCUGGGCAAGGCAUAAACGCUGCUAACUCGGAGGCGGGCCAUGCGAAGCCUUAUAUGUAUUCCUAUCCCACCGACGAUACCAAAAACCGAUCUAUCUUGAGAAUUGGUGAUUCCCGAUGGAGCAAGCCGCAGAGUUUUGAUGCAAUUGGAAGCACAUCUGAGGUUAUUGUCCAAGCCAAAACAUCUAGGGUUGAGUUACAUGCUGGAGUCUCGGUUGCUGAAGGAGAGGGCAAAUAUAAACUGACCAGAGUCGUCACUAUAACACCUCGAUUCAUCCUGAACAACAAGCUCAGUGAAGAUCUCCAGGUGCGGGAACCAGGAACGUCCAAUGUGUUAACGAUGAAAGCUGGUGAUCUUGUGCCUCUGAAUUUCCUUCGUCAGGUUCCAGAAAAACAGCUAUGUCUCUGCUUCCCCGGUGUCAAUAAUCAAUGGUCAUCACCGUUCAACAUUGCCGAUGUGGGGAUAACUCAUGUGAAGUUGGCUAAGGCAUCUCAGCGACAGAGGCUUAUCAAAGUGGAAGUCGUAAUGGAGAAUGCAACUAUAUUCAUUCACCUGAGAAUGGAAAAUAAGCAAUGGCCAUAUUCCAUGCGGAAUGAAAGUGAUGCGGAGUUCAUCUUCUAUCAGUCUAAUCCCAACGUCGACGAGGACGAGUAUGAAGAUACAAGUAGCGGAUGGCGGCCAAUCCGUUACCGUUUACCACCUCGCAGCAUCAUGCCUUACGCUUGGGACUAUCCGGCUGCGAAGAGCAAGUCGCUUAUUCUAAAUUGCAAUGGAAAAGAGCGACAUAUUAGAUUGGCAGAAAUUGGAAAUUUGAUUCCGAUGAGAGUCCCGUCAAACACCAACUCCAAUGGCCAGACUAUUAUCGACAUUAACAUAGUUGCAGAAGGACCUACACAGACAUUAGUUUUGUCCAAUUUCAAAGCAUCUAAGAGCAUUUAUCGGCAACAGAAAGCCCAGACAUCUCAAGCCAGCGUCGCAACAGGUUUUGAAGUCAAGGUUGAGGAUUCGGACAUUACGUUCAAGGCUCAACUACGUCUGGGUGGCGUGGGAAUUUCAUUAAUCAACCAAAAUAUGAAGGAGCUGCUAUACUGUACAUUCCGGGAGAUUGAAGUCAAGCUGAAUGAGAGCAAAGUAUAUCAGACACUAGACACCACGAUCAAAUGGAUUCAGAUCGAUAAUCAGCUCUACGGCGGUGUAUAUCCAAUUCUUCUUUAUCCCAGUGUCGUGCCAAAAACUGGAAAGGAGAUGGAAGCACAUCCAAUUUUCCGUGCUAUGGUUACAAGAGUCAAGGAUGAUUCAUACGGUGUUUUAUACAUCAAAUAUGCCACGCUGCUUCUCCAACAGAUGACCCUAGAAUUGGACGAAGACUUUAUUUUUGCCAUGCUCGACUUUGCGAAAGUGCCAGGAGCUUCUUGGUCGAUCGAACAGGAGGGUAAGCUCUGUGACGAAGACCUGGACAUUCCUGAACCGAAAUACGAGGAUGCUCGACAAGAUGUAUACUUUGAAUUAUUGCACUUGCAACCCAUGCAAUUGGACAUUUCCUUUAUGCGCACAGAACGAGUCAAUGCCGAAGAUAAACUCCAGCCCUCCAAUCCAUUGAUGUUUUUCAUCAAUGUAAUGACAAUGUCUAUGGGCAAUGUUAAUGAUGCUCCUGUCCGACUCAACGCGCUUAUGCUCGAAAACGCAAGGGUGUCUAUUCCUGUGCUCAUAUCAAACAUGAGAAAGCACUACACCCAAGAAUUCAUCGGGCAGAUCCAUAUGGUGCUGGGCUCGGCGGACUUCAUUGGAAACCCCGUCGGUCUCUUUAAUACUGUCAGUUCAGGUGUUGCGGACAUUUUCUACGAACCAUACCAGGGACUAGUCACAGACCGACCGCAAGACUUAGGCUACGGCAUCGCUAAAGGAGCUUCUAGCUUUUUUAAAAAAUCAGUGUUCGGUUUCUCCGACAGUAUCACGAAGAUAACUGGAAGUAUGUCCAAAGGUCUUGCAGUUGCAACUAUGGACAAAGAGUUUCAGGAUCAGAGACGCAUGUCAAAGGCACGCAAUCGGCCCAAGCAUGCGCUAUAUGGUGUCACCUCUGGUGGCAAUGCCUUCGCAACAAGCGUAUUGAGCGGUAUUGAGGGCCUUGCACGCCACCCCCUUCAAGGAGCAGAGAAGGGUGGGUUCCAGGGGUUCAUGAAAGGUAUGGGGGUUGGCAUGCUCGGAGUUGUGACCAAGCCUGCAAUUGGAGCAUUUGAUCUUGCAUCUAAUCUUGCCGAAGGUGUGCGAAAUACUACAACCGUAUUUGAUGCUGAAGGGCUCGAUCGGGUUCGCCUUACUAGGUUUAUCGGUAUGGAUGGCGUUGUGCGUCCUUACUCCCAGCGAGAAGCACUUGGACAGUUCUGGCUCAAGACGACAGAUGAUGGCAAAUUCUUCAAGGAAGACUACAUUGCCCAUCUUGAACUGCCUGGGCGAGAUAUGAUGGUGAUGUUGACGUACGAUCGUAUAUUGCUCAUACGAUCGGACAAACUUCGCUCGGAAUGGGACAUAAAGCUCACAGACAUCCAAACUAUAUCAAAAGAGCGAACGGGGAUGAGCAUCACCCUCAAGGGAGGGGCAAACGGACCAUUCAUCCCUGUACAAGAUGAAAGUUCUCGAAACUGGCUAUACAGACAGAUUGCUAUAGCCGUUAACGCCUUUAACGAGAAGUAUACUGCGAAGAAUUAG